AUGAAAAACGCGAAGAAGCGGCGAUGUGACGGCGCAAAGGCUAAAGAGGUCAUGUCUGCAGCCGUGGCAUCUUCCCCUGCGGGAUUCAAAGGCGGAAAAGUUGUUGUAGACUACAAGGGUAGGUCUGACAUUGCAGACAUCUUUGCCAUUAUGCGAGAUAAGCGGCGCGAUGAGGCUUGCCAAGGCGGCAGCAGCAGUGGUGGCCUCGUCCAGCAACGCAAGGCGGUGGGGACGGCCGCCCAGUCCGUCAGCGACGGCUUGUACCACGCACCGGAGAAGACACUAAAGCUGAGUGACUCGGUGUUCUUUAACGUGGUCUCGCAGCGGCAGAAGAAGAGACGGAAGACCAAAGAGUCAACCGCAGUCGAAGUCUCAGAGGAUCUGCUUCAGCGUGAGGGGGUGGAUCGCAUUGUCACUGUGGAUGAGCUGCAAAAAAUCACAUCGUCAAACCCUAAAGCAGGCACGACCGCCAAUUGUCCUUUUGAUUGCGAUUGUUGCUUCUGA